AUGACUUCAAACAAUAAAUCCUACGUCAUUGUCGGAGCCGGUGUCUUUGGAGUUUCGACAGCGUAUCACUUGAAAAAACAAUAUCCUAAUGCAGACAUCACUAUAGUCGACCGGGACGCAUACGAUGCCGACUCGCGCGUAGCAGCCUCGUGGGACUGGAACAAGGUCGUGCGAGCGGAUUACGACGACAUUGUAUACUGCCAACUCGCUCUCGAAUCACAAGAUGUGUUCAAAUCAGACCCGCUCUGGAAACCAUACUUUCACGAGACUGGUAUUUACUGGAUAUGCCGGGAUGACUACGCUGACAAGGUCAUUGAUAACUAUAAGAAGCUCGGCCGCAGAGCUGAACUUCAGUCCGUUUCGAUAGAGGAUGCCAAGAAGAUGCACAAUGGGCUCUUCGAUCUUGCAGAUUACGACAGAGCCAAGUCAGUGCUCGUCAACAAGACCAGCGGCUGGGCGGCAGCGGGAGAUUGCCUACGCGCUGUCACGAAGUGGUGCCUGGAUCAGGGUAUCAAGUAUGAGGUAGCGGAAGUGGCGUCGCUGCAGUUCAGUGGCGAUAGAUGUGUCGGAGUGAGGACGACGACUGGCAAGACAAUCAGCGGCGACCAGAUCAUCCUCAGCUCAGGUGCGUACACGCCCAAGUUACUAGAGCUCGCAGCUCAAGCAAGCGGGAACAUUGAGCUUCGAGCUGGGCGAAGAAUCACUGCGGCUGGUAUUACGACCGGUAUGACGACUCUAAAGGGAAAAGACAUCGAGACGUUUGCAGAUAUGCCUGUGGGUGUGCAAGGUUACACCGCCGCCACUGGUCCAUUCAUCGGGAGCCUGCCACCUACCAAAGACAAUGAGCUCAAAUGGUGGGGCCAGACCAUCUUUGAGAACACCCAAGAACUCUUCCCAGGACGGUGGGUAUCGUAUCCUCCUCCAAAGCAGGACUAUGGUCAGUGGGAUGCUUCGAGGAGGAUGAGAGAAGACAUCGACCACGCCAACCACGUCUUCUAUGGCAAGAAGGGAGCGAAUUGGCAGAUGGAGAAGUACCGAGUCUGCUGGGAUGCUUUCACCACCGACGCAGACUUCAUUAUUUCGCCACACUCAGCUGCGAAAGGUCUCUAUGUUGCCACGUGUGGUAACUUCCAUGGCUGGAAGUUCUUCCCUGUCAUCGGCAAGUAUGUUGCACAGAUGCUGGACGGCAAGCUAUCACCAGAACUGGCGCAGAAGUGGGCUUGGGACCGAGCAAGACCAGAUCCGAGCGAAAACGCAGAUUAUCCGCGAGCGCAGCUUUCUACACUGUUGGAUCCAGUGAGGACAUCGAAGUUGUAG